UUUCCUAAUUUCUAAACAACCAUUGUUGAUUAGCUUUCUACUUAUCCCUUCUGCUGCAUCUGCUUCUGCUUCAACAUAAACACAUACUCAACACACGACACCAUAUUCUAAUGCUGUAAAAUCUGUACCAUGCUGCUUUUGUGCCUUGUCUCUGUCUACCCCUUCACUCACUAUGGCUGAGUUUCUCGCCAUAAACCCUCUUACCCUUUCAGCUGCAGAAUCUCCGAGAUUCCCCUUCCUCAAUUCGCUCCAAACUCCUUCACCCAGAACCCAACUUAACCCAAAUUCCCGCGUCUCCUUCUCUUCCAAACCCUCCAAAACCAGUUGCAAUAACAAUAGUGUCUUUUGGGCACUCAGCUCCCGCUCCAAUGAAGGCCCAUCAAGGGACUAUGGCUUUUACAACGAACUUGAAUUUGAAGAAGUAAAGGAAAAGACUUUUGGGUUGGAGGGAAACCCUGUUGGUGAAAAUUCUCCCACUGAAAGUGGGUCUGUCCCGUUUGAUGGAGGGGAAGGUGGUGAUGAUAAGGGAGAGGGUGAUUUGAUUCGGGUUCAGGGGGAUGCAGAUGGGGAUGGCAAUGAUUUGAAGAAAGAUGAUGAUCAAGGUGAGAAUGAGAAAUUUGGAGAUAAAAGAGUAAGAAGAGGCAAACAGGUAAUUAGAAGGUCGAAUUUGUUGGCCAAGCAGGUGAUCAGCAUUCGCUCUGCCCUUAGCAUGGGGUUCGUCUCGCAACUUUGGGUGGACACCACCUCUUGGAUGGUGCUGUUUGUGGAGGUGAGGCCAAACUUGCUUUCUGGGGAUUCAGAAAAAUUCCUUCUGGAAGAUAUCAGCCAGGUUGGAGAUGUCGUCCUUGUCCAAGAUGAAAGUGUUAUGGAUAAUGAAUUUAAAAUGAUUGGAUUGGAGACACUGGUUGGAUACAAAGUUGUAACACCCUCUCAACGGAACAUUGGAAAGGUGCGUGGGUACACUUUCUGCAUCAAUUCAGGUGCUGUUGAAGAACUUGAACUAGAUUCAUUUGGACUAUCAAUCAUUCCAUCAAGCUUGGUGAGUACGUACUCUUUGCUGGUUGAGGACGUUCUGGAAGUAGUAUCUGAUGCAGUUGUUGUGCAUGAAGCUGCAGCUUUACGUAUUCAAAGGCUUUCUAAGGGUUUUUUGGGCAAUCACAAUGUGAGAACUUCUUUAGAUUAUGACUCCGAACAAUCUGAGACAUAUGGUCCGAUUUCAAGGAGAAGAAAAAGUGUCGGAAGAAAGAAACCCAAUCAAAAAGAAUGGGAUGAUGAAGAUAAUUGGGAUCUUCCAAUGGAUUAUCUCUGACUCUUAUGGAUUUUCUGCUAGAUUUCAUGUGAAACAUUUAUUUAUUAAAAAUUAUGGAAGUUGAAAUAAACCUGUUAUAAACACCGAAAGGGAAUAUUUUAUUUCCUUUUCACCUUUGCUGAGAAGUAGGCCUUCAUUUAUUUGUACAGUUAGUUUCAUUGGAUUUAAAAAACAUAUAUAUUUAUUUUAGCAAUCUCUUUUUUUACCAUUA